AUGGAGGCAGUCACACCGUUAACAGUCUCCUUGGACGGAGUUCUUCUUUUCAUUGGCGACACCAACAUCUUCCCGAUGUUGGGCUUCGAGAACAUUUUGGCCACGGCAGCUAAGGAAAUCGAGCAUAUGGCAUCAACGGAAGCAGAGGAUGCAUCGAAAAACACAGGUGAAAACCUUCCGGGAAUCAAUCAAGACGAGCUUUCAACUAGGACAACUGCAGGGCUGGACGCGGAUGGAUUCGUCAGGGUGUGUAUCCAUUUACUGCGCGACAACUUCUUGGUGAAGGAAAUGGGGUUUCAACAUCGUGUGGAAGCUCUCACCGUCGAGCAGCGAGACAAGGAGUGGGCACAGCGACUCCCCGGCACAACGGUAGACGAUUCAGCAGAUCGAGCGAUCCUGAACCAGAUUGCGGACAUGGUGGUAGAUCUGGCAGCCCUGGUACCUCAAUCGACCACUGCAAGCCCAGCAGCCCCCGGUGACGUCAGCGUCGGAGGAGGCGGCACGACUCUUCCCCAACCGGGGGCAGACCAAACCUUGCUUCUGGGCGGAGAAGGCAAGAAGGCCGAACAGGCGGACUGGAAAGGCCAAGUCACUGCCCGAGAGGUUGCAAAAAAGGCCAAAGCGCAACAGCUUCGAAUUUCCAACACCGUCGUACGGAUUUUAGGCCAGAUUCAUCCAGACAACGUACCCUCGCGGCCUCCUACCCAACGGCCGGACACGUCGGGAGCAUCAGCGGAGGACAGGGUCGAGGUCGACGGUACCAAGGAGGAUGAAAACGAGGUCGCCUCGAGCUCGAGCUCCGACACUUCGAGCAACACCGAUUCCACGGACAGACCCAGCAGGCCCCCUGCACCAACUGUGACACCUGAUGACUUCACGACGCUAGCCAGCGACCACCCAAGCCAGCAGCUACUCAAGGCGGGCAAGGAGUUGAUGCGGCAGAAACGACCGGAGCAGGCGGUGGUCGUGUGGGGUCAAGCUGCCGAGAUACUCCGCAACACGAUAGAGGAUUCUUCGAAACCGGCGACUACAAGCGACUGUCGUGGGCAAGCUCGGGUGGGCUUUGAUCAACGUGAAAGACUUCGAGCGUGCUCUGGAGGCAUUCGAACGCAUGAGCAAGCGUUUACGUGGGGAACACGAUGA